AUGGUCAGUCCCAGCGAAUCUCCCCACAUCAAGAUAGAGGAAGACGAUACAUACCAAGCUCUGGAGAACCCUGCCCAGAAAUCAGUCGCCAAAAGAGUCUACCGACUUACCUGCGAAUGGCCCUGGGAUAUUUCACCCAGUUGUUCUCAAACCAAGUGGGAUACCAGUUUGCUUGAGAAGUUGGUAAAUCUUCUUAUAGAAUGUUUCCCCGAACGGGUCGGGCAACUAGGCUUGAUCGAAAUGAGACAACUGCGAACUGAGAUAAAAUCGCAACUUGAAACCAAGCCCCACAACGAACAAAAAGCUCUCUCGAUGGCAGACUUGGAAGCGGUUCGACGCGGGCUGCUGAACAAGAGGACCUUGCAAACCCCGAACGGCUCGUCCAAGACUACCACUACGACUAUUCCGACGAAUCUUGAUACCAUCAACAAGCGCAGGGUAUCUGCUGCCAGCUUUUCCGAGCCAUCAACAACAAAGCGAGUACGGGUUAACGAAAGUCCGCCUGCAUUCGCUACGAGGUCCUCUACGCGAUUGAGACAACAAACUCAGAACAUAGACAUAGAUGUCAUAUCCGAGAGACCAGUGGAUGGCCACACAUCUGCCGGAUUUGCAUUGGCUGAUCAAGUUGAGAGCGAUGAAGAGGAGGUCCAGGAUCAGAUCGAUAUCAUCGAGGAGACGGAGGACUCUGGCGAGACCAACCAUGAAAGCGAUGAGGCAGAGGAAGAAGACUCACCAACAUCAUAUGAAGAACCCUUACCCGACACAGCACCCCCCAGCCCCAACCGAAACUCAACACCCGGAACCAGCACCGGACCCCGGCCAGCCUCAACAACCGGGAAACCUCUGGUCGCCGAACUUUCCAUGUCAGACAAGCAGAUCGUUGACCUUCUCCGGAAACACAUCACGUCGAUUGCUUCGAAAAAGCAAGACACCAAUAAUCAAAAACUGAAAGACCUGCAAGAUGAGGUCAAUCGCUGCGCACUGGCACAUGAUAAGGCUGAACAAGAAACAACAACGAUGUACGCCACGAUGAACGCCAUGAAAAAGUCUUACGAAGAUGCCUUGAAAGAAGUUCAGAAGUCGGAGAAUAUCCGAAACAAGACCGCUGACGCGCUUAAACCAUACCAGGACCUCGUCGACGAGGGAGAGGGUGACGCUCAGCUUUUCGAAAUGCUGAAGAACAAAUUGAACCAGGCUGAAAUGAAUUUGAUUGAGGCACAGAGAAACCGAGACCAAAUGAAAAGGGAUCUCGAGGUCGUCGAGAAAGGGGCCAAAGCGAAACUGGCAGCCUUUGAUCUGUGCAAGGCCCAGUUGAACGAGGCUCAGCAACUCCAGAAAGCUCGCGAACCAAACAACUCGGCUUUUCGAUGCACUCUUACUUUUAAAACUGAUGCUAGAGACGAAGAAGAUCAACUGUUUAAGGACAUCUUCUUUGAUUUCACGGCUACUGUGAAGGAGCAGGAGGAUGGAGUGAAUGGAGGAAGUUAA